UGCUUUUCCCAAGGGCCGAUCGCUUGCUUUGAGGGAUCGCUGUUCCCGUCGUAGUGAGACAGCGCUACGGGAGCGAAGAACUCCGACCCAAGACGUCUGCUUCGGAUCGCAAGCCCGUUUUGAUUUCCCUCCCAUUUUCGAUUUGUUCUUCAUGACUGGGAUUGCCUGAUCGGUAACUGGGCCUCAUGUCGGUGAAAGAUUAGGGAUUUCUUUCUGUUCUUCUGGCGGGGAGAUUGUUGCUAGGGUUUCUGGAUUUGGGAUUUUAGAUCGGUCGGUUGAUUACCGGAAGCGUGGGUUCGAGGGAUUUGUAGAAAAGAUUGGUUUCUAGUUUAGGGAUUUCUGGUCGGAACGUGGUGGGGAUGGGGAAAGGAGGGCAGGAUGAGCGGAAGAAGGGUGGAUUGGAUCCCCCGACCACGAAUUUUCCGGCCUGGGCAAGGACCGUCCAGGAGUGCGAGGCUGAGUUCAAGGUUUCGGCAGAGUACGGGCUCCGAUCCGAUGAGGUGCUGAAGCGACGGGAGAUUUAUGGGUUGAACGAACUCGAGAAGCACUCUGGGCCGUCGAUCUGGCAGUUGGUUCUCGAGCAGUUCAACGACACGCUGGUCCGGAUCCUCCUUGUGGCUGCCGUCGUCUCCUUUGUGCUCGCUUGGUACGAUGGGGAUGAAGGUGGCGAGAUGGGGAUCACUGCCUUUGUCGAGCCGUUGGUGAUCUUCCUUAUUCUGAUAGUGAAUGCGAUCGUGGGCGUUUGGCAAGAGAACAAUGCCGAGAAGGCACUUGAGGCCCUGAAAGAAAUCCAGUCUGAGCAUGCUGCCGUUAGAAGGGAUGGGAAUUUGAUUCCGAAUCUGCCUGCUAAGGAUCUUUUGCCGGGUGACAUUGUGGAGCUCAAGGUCGGAGAUAAGGUCCCGGCAGAUGUGAGGAUUUUAUACCUGAUUAGCUCCACUGUGAGAGUAGAGCAAGCAUCUCUUACCGGAGAGAAUGCUGCUGUGAAUAAAACCAACCACCAUGUUGAGCAUGAAGACAUAGAUAUCCAAGGGAAGGAAUGCAUGGUUUUUGCCGGUACCACUGUUGUGAAUGGCAGCUGUGUCUGCUUGGUCACACAGACGGGCAUGAACACUGAAAUUGGUAAGAUUCAUUCGCAGAUCCAUGAAGCUUCACAGAGCGAGGAUGAUGCACCAUUGAAAAAGAAGCUGAAUGAAUUUGGAGAGGUCCUUACGGCUAUAAUUGGAGUAAUUUGUGCUUUGGUUUGGCUUAUCAAUGUGAAGUACUUCUUUACCUGGGAGUAUGUCAAUGGCUGGCCAAGCAAUUUCAAGUUCUCUUUUGAAAAGUGCACUUAUUACUUUGAGAUUGCUGUGGCCUUGGCUGUUGCAGCAAUCCCAGAAGGGCUGCCUGCGGUGAUCACUACUUGCUUGGCACUGGGUACACGGAAGAUGGCACAAAAGAAUGCCCUGGUCAGGAAGCUUCCUAGUGUUGAGACUUUGGGUUGCACAACUGUGAUAUGCUCUGAUAAGACUGGGACAUUGACCACAAACCAGAUGUCUGUUGUAAGGCUUGUUGCAAUGGGGCGCUGGACGGAUACACUUAGAAGCUACAAAGUGGAUGGUACCACAUACGAUCCUCAUGAUGGGAAGAUCUAUGAUUGGCCAGCCAGUAGCAUGGAUGUGAAUCUUCAAAUGAUUGCUAAGAUUGCAGCUGUCUGUAACGAUGCAAGUAUCACUCAGUCAGGACAUCAUUUUGUUACCAGUGGUAUGCCGACAGAGGCAGCCUUGAAGGUUUUGGUUGAGAAAAUGGGACUUCCUGGAGGAUAUGAUCCUUCUUCAUUGGACUCGGCUGAAAUAUUAAGGUGCUGUAAAUGGUGGAAUGGAAUUGCCCAGAGGGUUGCAACUCUCGAGUUCAAUCGCACUCGAAAAUCAAUGGGAGUUAUUGUGAAAUCAAAAUCAGGAACCAAUUCUUUACUUGUGAAGGGUGCGGUGGAGAAUUUGUUGGAAAGAAGUACCCACAUUCAGCUGCUUGAUGGUUCUGUAGUGUUGUUAGAUGACAGUUCAAAAAAUCUGAUUAUGAAUGCUCUGCGUGAAAUGUCAACAAAUGCAUUGCGCUGUUUGGGAUUUGCCUAUAAGGAUGAUCUAGCCGAAUUUUCAGCAUAUGAUGGAGGAGACCAUCCAGCUCAUAAACUUCUGCUUGAUCCAUCAAAUUACGCAUCCAUUGAGACUGGUCUCAUAUUUGUUGGAUUAGUAGGGCUGAGGGAUCCUCCACGAAAAGAGGUUUACAGAGCAAUUGAAGAUUGUAGAGCAGCUGGCAUUCGUGUAAUGGUCAUAACAGGAGAUAACAAGGAAACAGCAGAAGCAAUUUGUCGCGAUAUAGGCGUAUUUUCACCUGAUGAAGAUAUACAUUUGAAGAGCCUCACAGGCAAAGAGUUUAUGUCAUCCAAUGAUAAGAAGGCAAUUCUGAGGCAAAACGGUGCUCUUCUGUUCUCUAGAGCAGAACCAGGGCAUAAACAAGAAAUUGUGAGAUUGUUGAAGGAAGAUGGUGAGGUUGUUGCAAUGACAGGGGAUGGAGUAAAUGAUGCUCCUGCUCUGAAAAUGGCAGAUAUUGGUAUUGCGAUGGGCAUUGCUGGGACAGAGGUUGCUAAGGAAGCCUCAGAUAUGGUGUUAGCAGAUGACAAUUUCAGCACGAUAGUGGCAGCUGUUGGUGAAGGAAGAUCAAUUUACAACAAUAUGAAAGCGUUUAUAAGAUACAUGAUCUCCUCAAAUAUUGGUGAAGUUGCUUCCAUUUUUCUAACAGCAGCUUUAGGCAUUCCUGAGGGGCUGAUACCAGUUCAACUUUUGUGGGUCAAUCUUGUUACUGAUGGCCCUCCUGCAACUGCUCUUGGAUUCAACCCACCUGAUAAAGAUAUUAUGAAGAAACCACCUCGAAGAAGUGAUGAUUCACUAAUUACUGCAUGGAUUUUAUUUCGUUAUAUGGUGAUCGGGCUAUAUGUGGGCAUUGCCACUGUAGGUAUCUUCAUCAUAUGGUACACUCAUGGUUCCUUUAUGGGCAUUGACUUGAGUGGUGAUGGCCAUACUCUUGUAACCUAUGCUCAGCUUUCUAACUGGGGAGAAUGCUCCUCAUGGGAUGGCUUCAAGGUCGCUCCAUUCACUGCUGGUUCACGUCGCUUCACCUUUGACACUAAUCCCUGCGACUAUUUCCAGACUGGUAAGGUGAAGGCAAUGACCCUCUCGCUCUCCGUCUUGGUGGCCAUUGAAAUGUUUAAUUCCCUUAAUGCAUUAUCGGAAGAUGGGAGCCUCCUGAGCAUGCCUCCCUGGGUUAACCCGUGGCUUCUCUUGGCCAUGUCAGUCUCAUUUGGAUUGCACUUCUUGAUACUAUAUGUCCCGUUCCUGGCCCAAGUGUUUGGAAUAGUGCCUCUCAGUUUCAACGAAUGGCUCCUGGUGUUGGCGGUUGCUCUUCCGGUGAUCCUCAUCGACGAGGUUCUCAAGUUUGUCGGGCGCUGCACAAGUUCUUCAGGUGCCAGGAGACGAUCUGCAUCCGCAAAACACAAGGAUGAGUAGAUGCUAACAGAUUUGGAGAUGCAUUUCGACAAUUUUGCGUCACCACGGAAGGUAAAGGUUGUUCUGGUCCCUCAUUCAGUUUGAGAAUUAGGCAACCGGGAUCUGUUCAGAAACCGACCUGGCAAUGAACUUAUAUUGGAUUUGGAGAUUCUCGAUUUUUAAGAAACAUUUUUUUGUCAUGCUGGAUUAUACAGAUCCAUUUCAUUGGUAAUACUCAUGAUGUUAAUGUUACUACGAGGGGAAAUGCUCGUGCAACUGUAGAUCGUCGCAUGUGCAAUGUGACAGUCAAUAAUUUCUAUCUAGUUUUUGUUUCUAUAG